ACUGAAUAAUUUUCAAGAGCAUUACUAAGGUGUAGACAAUGAAUGCAAUAGUUGUAGGCGUUUUGGCUUUUCUAGUCGUAAGUCCAGCAAUCUGUGAUGAAGGACCAGCAAGCGACAAAAAUUCAAAUGAGAAGGAAAUGUUAGUUAAAAAUCCACAGCCAUACUACAAUUCAUUAAACAAUCAAGAUCAAGCAUAUGGUGAUUCAUGGUUCGAUCGAGAAGUUCGAGCACCAUCAUCUGGAUUUUAUGGAGUGCGUGGAAAGAAGGAUUAUGAUGAUGAUUGGUUUAUGAAUGAGAAUGAAAUUUAUUCACAACAAAUGCCAAAGCGAGCACCAUAUGGCUUUGUCGGCAUGAGAGGCAGAAAGCGAUAUGAUUAUAAUUAUCGUCCAAGUUUCGUUGAUAAUGACGAUUUCCAAGCUGAACUCUAUCAAGAAUUACAAAAGGAACGUGAAAUGCUUGCAGCUUUAAUGGAAGAUUAUAAUGAUGAGAGAGAUAAGCGGAAGCCAGUCGGUUUUAUUGGAUCACGAGGAAAAAAGUCCAUUGAUAAUGAUGACUAUUUUGAUAUGGACGAGAAAAGGUCACCGAUGGGAUUCACAGGCGUUCGAGGAAAGAAAUCUGAAUAUUCAAAUUUUAUUGGAAUGAGCGAGAAGAGAGUUCCCGUUGCAAGUUUCUUUGGUAUGAGGGGCAAAAAGCAACCAGUUGUGUCAAGUUUCUUCGGGGUUCAUAAGAAGCCAUUCUUUCCCUAUGGCAAAUUCGUGGGAGUUCGUGGCAAAAAGUCAUCAGAUAGCUCAAUAAGACAACUACGAUUUGCAACAGAUGAAUUUAGCAAUGGAUUACAACCAGCAUCACGAGUUGCAUCAGAUUCAAUACAAGACAAACGAAUAGGAUUUGUUGGAUCAAGAGGAUAAAGAUAGUCAACACAAAAGAAGGAAUAUAAAAUUAAGUGUUAUUGAAUGUCUACCAAUUAAAAGGCAGAACUUCUUUUUCCUGCGAAAAAUUCUCCAUUUACUCUAUGGGCUGGGAGGAAAUGGACAAUUUUGAAAGAUGACAAAAAGUUUAAUUUAUUUAUUUAUUUAUUUA